UGUUGUGGCUGCUGCUGCAGUUGUUGUUGUGGUUGUGGGAGCGUGUAGAAAGGAUGCAAGUGUGUGGUGUGGCGGUGCCUUGCGAACACGGCAACGCGUGACGCCCCAAAUCCCCGGCGCCUCCCUUCGACAACGAUACUCCCAGACUCUGGAGAGUGACCCAAAAGUGAGAAAAAACAAAAAAGCUCACAUAGUGCGGCGCUCUCGCGCUCGUGCGGAGGUUGCGCCAUCGCCGUCGCCAUCGCCGUCGACGUCGACGUCGUCGUCUUCGGCCGAGUCUUCUUCCUAUAACAGCGCGGGCCUCCGCCAUGAGAGCCCCGGCGCGAGCUCUCGGCCCAUCCGGAUCGCGAUCGGCGUCUCCUCGAGCUCCGCGGUGAGGGGGAGAGGGGAAGGGGGAAGAUGCCUCUGGUGCGGUUCGAGGUGCGGAACGAGUACGGGUUGGGAGAUCGGGAGCUCUACAGAGGGGCCGCGAAGCGGGAGGAGCCAAAAGCGCUUCUCGAUGGGGUCGCCGUCGCGGGGCUCGUCGGGAUCUUGCGCCAGCUCGGGGAUCUCGCCGAGUUUGCUGCGGAUGUUUUCCAUGACCUUCAUGAGCAAAUGACAGCAACAGCUGCAAGGGGGCGCAAAGUGUUGCGUCGAGUGCAGAACAUCGAAGCAGCACUUCCAACUCUCGAGAAGGCCAUUCAGGGACAGAAGAGCCAUAUUCAUUUUGCAUAUGUUGCAGGUUCUGAUUGGCACGCCCAUAUUCGGAACGAGCAAAGCCACCUAUUAUCCACUGAACUGCCACGCUUUAUGAUGGAUUCAUAUGAAGAAUGUCGUGAUCCACCACGUCUCUACUUGCUUGAUAAAUUUGAUAGUGCUGGUGGUGGAGCUUGUCAGAAGAGAUAUUCAGAUCCAUCCUACUUUAGAAGGGCGUGGAGUAUGUCAAAAAUGGGAAAAGCUGAAAGCUUCCAAAAAGAGAAGAAAAUUCAUAAAACUAAGAGGAAGGUCUCACGGCUUAGGAGUGGUGAACUACUUCAACAUGUUCUGGGUGCUUCUGGAUACAAUAGCAGACCGCGCUUUACAUCUCCAAGCACCGAUGGGCAAUUCUUUUCAGAACACAGGACUAAUGGAACUCAUUUUGCAUCUUCAAGCACAGAUGGACAAAGCUUUACAGAGAAUAGAUCUACACCUGAUAUGAGAUACAAUCUGGAAGUUGCUAGUAGGUCUACUUCUUUUAGUUCAAAACCAAGGUUGAGUUUUGUUGAGCAAGUAGUAGAUACUGAGAUUGAUUAUGAUAUUCUAUCGGAUGCUAAGCUUCAUGACAAACAUAGUGAUGCCUCUCCUUCAGUUCUUCAUGAUGAACUGAAUGGAGAUGGCUCGAAUGAUGAUUGUUACCAAAAUGGUUCUGGGAUAGGGCAAGAUGUUGCUACAUCAUCUUAUGUUACAUGGGAGGAAAAAACUGAAAUAAUUAAGCCUUCAAGUUCCUUAUCUUGUGAUGAUGUAAUUAUCGCUGAGGUUGAAAAUUUGGAGACCGCACAUAUGAACUUUGAACAGCCCGACAUUGACCAUUCUGACAAAGGAAUCCAAGACAUUGACCAUUCCGACAAAGGAAUCUUGGAUCAACAAGGGGUAUUACCUGAAAUUGCUAAAGCGCCAGUAUCAUCAUCUGCUCCUACCCACUUCGAAGAAAUUACAAGUGAGACAGACAACUAUAUGGAUGCGCUUAACACAUUGGAAUCUGAAACAGAAGCAGAAGCUGAAUGCCAAACGAAACGAGAGGUUAAUUUACUAUCUAAUCCCAGUUCUGAAGGAAUUCAAGUCGGGACUGAAAAGAUGCAAGUCCAGGAUUUGCAGCCUCCUGAUAUAUCUGGUAGUGAAGCUAUUAAUACAUCUCAUAGUAUGUUGAACGAGCAUGACUCCGGAAAUUCAUCAAAAACGGUCCCUUCAGAUAGUUUAGAACAGUUGUUGCCCCCUCAUAAUAUUCUAAAUGAAAUUUCUGGAAGUAACGAUCAUGAUGGUGCCACAAUGACUACUGAUGAAUGCGUUGGUGAUAAUCUGUCUUCUGUAACUGGUGUUUGUAGUAUAGUUGAAUCUCAAACUAUUCCUACUGUUAAUAUUUCUGGUUUAUCUUCGACCAAACUUUGGACUAAUGCUGGCCUUUUUGGACUUGAACCUUCAAAACCUCCAGACUUUGGUGCUCUGAAUGUUGUACAGGAUAACCCCAUACCUGAAUCUUCAGAUUCUGCACAUGACCUUUCAAGUGAUAGGGUAAAGCUUAAAUUAGAGGCGGUAGACAUACCCAAUGGAAAUAUGUCAACGGAAUCCAACUUUGUAGGGAGAAUGGAUGAGAAUAAACCUGGAAAGCAGAAUUUGGCAAGUGAGAUUGAUGAGCCUAUUGGUGAACCAGCAAAUAGCAUUCAUGCUUAUUCUAGUGGAACUGAUCUGGUAAGAAAGAAAGAUGUUUCUCCGAUAGCUGAUUUGCCAGUGGCUUGCAAUAUAACUCCAGAACACAAUGAUUCAGGCGGGGGAACAAAGAACAUUUCAUCCAGCUUUUCUGACCUUGCACAAAGAUUUCUUGCUAAUACUCUUCAAAGAAGAGCUUCUCUUACCUAUGCCUCUGUGCCAUCUGGAACAGUGAAUUCCGAUGUUGGAAACCACAAGGUAGAGUCAAAUGGAGUCAUAUCUCAAGGUUCUUUCCACCAAACUAAGGAAAAAGUUUCACAUAAGAUAUCGAAAAUGUCAAUUUCUCCUCGCUCUCAUUAUUCUGGGCAAUCAUCUCCACCUCUCGAGCAUAUGAAAUUCUCUUUUCUUCCCAUGAAUGGUUCGGAAACCUCAAAACUGAAAUUGGAGUUUCCUAAUGGAAAUCUUCAUGAAAGUGCUGAUGAUUUGAUGUUUCCGACGUUUCAGUUGCUACCAAGAUCUGAUUUUCGUUCAGCGGAAAAUGGUUGUGAAUCGGAUGAUGACACCUUUUGUAGAUCUUGCCCAUAUUCUUCAGAGGAUAUUGUGAGCCCUCGUUCGUAUUCGAGCUCUGAACUGUGGGAGCAAGAAGAGAAUUCCGAAUUUGAAGACCAUAAUAAAAAUGAGGCAAAUAAUGGGGCUUUACCCUUUGAUUCUUCUUCAGCAAUGGAUCUUCCAGGUAUUGACUCUGUUAUGCCCUUAAACAACCAACAGAAUGGAAACCAUGAUCCCAUGUAUAAUUCGGUAAGUAUGGCAACGCAAAACCAAGAUGAGAUGCCACCACCGCCCCCUCUCCCUCCAGUGCAAUGGAGGUUGAUGAAACCAUCAGUUGAUUCAGGAGAAGACAAGAAUGCUAAAACUGAGGAAAGGUUUAUCCAGUCAGAUUUUCCUCAAUCUCCAAGUCUUACUUCUGCACAGCAGGAAGGGCGACUUGCACCAAUAGCACCUUUUUUUCCCGAGCCCUUGCCGCCACAGCAAUUGAAGAAUAUGCAUGAUGUGGAGAAGCUAAAUGGGCACUUAGAAAGAAAUCAUGCUGCAGGUAGCAAGGAAGUGAAAGUAAGGGAGGAGCUGCUUCACCAAAUAAGGAAUAAGGACCAAUAUCUGCAACAUGAUCAGCAAAGGCUGAAUGGGCACGAAAUGCCAAGAAGUUAUAGCUUCAAUACCAAGAAUUUUGAUGAAAGGGAUGAGUUGCUUCAUCAGAUCAGGAAUAAGGCAUUUAACCUGAGGCGCACCACCACAUCAAAACCGAGUAUCACAUCAGAGACUGCACCCAAUGCCAGUGUUUCUGCCAUCUUGGAGAAAGCAAAUGCUAUCCGCCAGCAGGCAUUUGUGGGUAGCGACGAGGGAGGUGAUGAUGAUAACUGGAGUGAUAUGUGACCCCUCGACCGAACUGGCCAAAAGACUGUGAAUAGCAUGCUGUUCCCUUUAAUGUAAUUAUAUUUUGCAGGUCUCUUCUCUCUUCCUAGUAUAUUUUCUUAUUUAAUUGCUUGUAAGAUUCAUAUUAUUGUAAAAACGUUGGUUCGUCUAUUCCUGUUGUAAAUCUGUUUCAGUUAUUUAUUAGUGAGAAAAGCUGAUAAAGUAGGCAUGCUAAGUUGCCCUUCUGCUGUAUUACAAAAGUUGGAUUAUCUCUUUGAAUGCUAAUCACUGUUGAUAAGGUAGCUAGUUUUUCA